AUGGCAACAGUUGCACUUCAAAAAGGCCGUCGCAAACCUCCCGGCAACGCGGACACGCCGCGGCGGGGGCGGCACGGGUCCCCCCCACCCCACCGGGACCCCGACCCUGCGGCAGUCCCGGGGCGGCCGGCGGGGCUCGCCCACCCGCGCCGUGCGCGCAGCGUGGUACUAAGGGGAGCGCGUGUGCAUCCCAAGUUUCACCACCCCUCCAAAGUCCUCCAAAAAACCGGCAGCCGGCCGCUAAAGCACCACCGUCCCCCGCGGGACAAGUUUUACCCCCACGUCCCGCUCCGCGGGGCCGAGCCCCCCCCCCACGCCGUGCGGACAAGCGCUUUCCCCCGGCGCCCGCAGCACAUGCGAGCCCUUUGUUUUCCCCGCAGCCGGGCGCUGCCUACGUGCGGCGGCGGGGGCACGCCGCCCGCCCGCCCGCCCCGCUCGGCUCCGCCGCCCCGCAAACCCCGCGGAAGGCAGGAGCUGAAACUUGUUGGCGCCGGGCGCGGGCAGAGGCGGACGGGGCCGGGAGCGACCCUCACCCGCGCUGCGCUGCGCGGGCGGCAGGGCGCCAUCGCCGCACCGUCCCCACGCCGCGCACCGGGGCGCCCGCCCGCCGAGGCCCCACGCCGCGAGAGCCGUGCGACCGGCAGCACGUGCCACGGCAGCUCGCAGCCGCGCGUUCCCCACCCCCCACCCCCUCCCAGGGCGCGCACGGACCCCGACCCCCUCCACCGAUGCUAG